CAUAGCUUGCUCACACAACCUCUCACACAUACCACCAACCACCAUAGUUAACCCUGCCUGCCGGGCCGCCGGGGGAGAUGGAGGCGGCAAUCGGCGCGGCGAACGGGCUCAUUAGCAGCGUGCUGAACCACCUGUCUAAUGAGUUCGUGGAGGCCUAUGUUGCCAGCUCCCAUCUCGGCCUCAACUCCGAGAAGAUCAAGGAGGAUCUCUUGCUCGCGCAAGGGCUGUUGCAAGUGGCCCAGACGAGGGUACUGAGCGACAACCAUGGUCUUCAGGGUUUGCUGCAGAGGCUCGCCAUCAAGGCCGAUGAGGCCGAGGAUGCGCUGGAUGAGCUUCACUACUUCAUCAUCCGGGACAACCUCGACAGCACCCGGCAAGCGGUGCCUGACAUGGGUGAUGACAUCCUGAGUCGUGCUCGCCAUGGUUGCAAUGCUCUUCGCCACACUGUCGGUAACUGCCUUGCGUGCUUUUCUUGUUCACGCAUCAAAUAUGGUGAUGAUGGUGUUGCUGCUGAUGUCAUUCCUGAUAACUCACCCAAUGCCACUGGAAACCCUGGUAGUGGUGAUAAUGAUGGUCCAGUUGAUAAGUUGACAUUUGAUAGAGUUGCCAUGUCCAAAAAAAUCAAGUCAGUGAUAGAGGAAAUACAUUCCCUAUGUGACAGUGUGUCCAAGUUGCUCCCCAUGAUUCCGUACCAUAGCACCACCACAACAAUCACCCGAAGCCAUCGUGUCACAGGAUCAACCACUACACAGAAAAAUUUGCAUGGGAGGACAACCCUUUUGAAUAAAACCAUAGAUGACAUUCUCACUACUGCCACUGAGCACCCUGAAACCCUUCCCGUUCUUCCUAUUGUUGGCCCAGGGGGUAUUGGAAAGACAACUUUCACCCAACACCUUUAUAAUGAUAAUAGGAUAGAAAAACACUUUGGUGUAAAGGCUUGGGUGUGUGUAUCAACAGACUUUGAUGUGGUUAAGCUCAGCCAACAAAUCCUUAGCUCCAUACAAAAAAGCAACACUUCAAAUCAAACAGACAAUUUAGAUGAGCUACAAAUAUCUAUCACACGGGAACUCAAGUGCAAAAGUAUUUUAAUCGUGUUUGAUGAUAUAUGGAAAUGCACUAGUAGCGGGUGGAAAACCCUCUUGGCUCCAUUCAGGAUGGGGGAAGCCAAGGGUAGCACAGUUCUUGUCACAACUCGAUUUCCAUAUAUUGCUGAAAUGAUGAAAACCACCAACCCAAUAGCACUGGAAGGUCUGAAGUUUGAUGACUUCUUCACAUUCUUUUCAUCAAUAUUUGGGGGAAACAAACCUGAGUAUUGCCAUGAGGACUUAGCUGAUCUUGCAAUUGAUAUUGCAAAGAAGUUGAAGGGUUCACCUCUCGCAGCCAUAACAGUUGGUCGUUUACUAAGCAAGGAAUUUUCUCGGGGACAUUGGAUGGGAGUUCUAGAAAACAACGGGUGGCAAAAACAAGAAAAUUAUGAUGACAUUAUGCCAUCAUUAAGGAUUAGCUAUGAUUACCUUCCUUUUUAUCUAAAAAAAUGCUUUUCAUAUUUUUCCUUGUUCCCUGAAGAUUUUGAAUUUAACAAGUUAGAUAUGACGUAUUUUUGGAUUGCACUGGGAAUCAUAAAAAAAGAUGAGAAUUAUAUAGAAGAAUUAGUAGAGAAUGGCUUCCUUGUGAAGGUUGUUGAUGAUGAUGAGCAACCAUACUAUGUAAUGCAUGAUUUAUUACAUGAGUUGUCUCUAAGUGUUUCCUCCCAAGAGUGCCUCAACAUACGUAGGUCAAAUUUUAGAGUUGAUGACAUCCCACAAACUGUUCGACACGUAUCUGUCACAAUGGAAGAUAGAUUUGAAGGGGGUUUUAGGGAAGAAAUGAUUAAAUUGAGGAGCAAGAUAGACAUUCGCAAUUUGCGAGCUUUGAUGAUUUUUAGGGAAUAUGAAGAAACAAUUGAUGGAUUUUUGAAAGAUAUUUUUAAGGAAAUAGAGGGUCUUCGUGUCCUAUAUAUAUUAGCGAAAUCCAAAAAAUCUUUGCCACUCAACUUUUCAAAACUUAUCCACCUGCGGUACCUAAAAAUUAUGAAACCAUUUUCACACAUUUGGCCAGAAUUGACUUUGCCUAGUGCACUAUCCAGAUUUUAUCACUUGAAAUUCUUAGACCUUAGAAGCUUUGGUAUAUGUAGGAAUUUACCUAAAGACAUUAGUCGCCUUGUCAAUUUACGCCAUCUUUUUGCUGAGAAAGAACUCCUAUCCAAUGUUCCUGGGGUCAGAAAGAUGAAAUGCUUGCAGGAGCUAAGAGAGUUCAUUGUUAAAAAAGAGAGUGUCGGAUUUGAACUGAGGGAGUUGGGGGAACUCACAGAGCUUAGUGGAGAACUCUCCAUACAUAAUCUUGAUAAGGUGGCAACCAAGGAAGAGGCUGCUGAAGCCAAACUUGUUUGUAAACGAGAUUUGAAAGAGUUGAGGUUAUUUUGGGGUAGACAACACCAACAUAGCACAGAGGAAUCUGAUGUUCUUGAUGCCCUUCAGCCGCACCCUAAUCUUGGAGCACUUAUGAUCAAAAAUCAUGGUGGUACAAGUGGUCCUAGUUGGUUGUGUGGUGACAUUAGCAUCAAAAUGUUGGGGUCUCUCCACCUAGAGGAUGUGUCUUGGGGCACCCUUCCACCUUUUGGGCAGCUGUUGCAUCUCACGUCACUCACAUUGAUCAGCAUUUCUGUAGUUCGUGAGAUCAGACCUGGCUUGUGUGGUGUUAUGGACAAUAGCUUUGUGAAUUUGAAGAGGAUUGUUCUUGAUAGAUUACCUGAAUUUGUCGAGUGGGUUGGGGGGACUAAUGCCCAAUCUUUUUCAAGGCUUGAAUCCAUCAGCUGCGAAGAUUGUCCCAAACUCUGUGUUGUGCCCUUCCUCGAGUGCUCUGUCUCUUAUGCCAAUCUGUCAAAUUUCGUUGUUGAUAAUUGCCCUAAGUUGUCCCUGCCCCCCAUGCCUCACACGCCCACACUGACAUCUUAUAUUGUGAGACAUGGUUCUACAAAGUUGUCUUAUGAUUGUAAAGGAAAUGGAAAUGUCUUGGUUAUUAAUGAGUAUAGUGGUGAGCUGGCCUGGGAUAACAUGCAUGAAGUAAAAAGAAUCAGUAUUGAAGAUCUGUCACACAUUCCAUUGAGAGAGCUCAUCAAGCUGAAAUCCCUAAUAGGUCUAUAUUUCAGCAGAUGCAACGUCACGUGGCAUGGACUGCAGGACUUCACGUGGCUCCAAGAACUUAGAGUACAAAACUGUGGCAACUUCUUUCAGUGGCCCACUGAAGCAGCUCACACCAUCAAUCCUUUCCCUGCUUCCCUCAAGUGUCUUGAGAUUGAAGGAGAGUCAAGGAUGCAGUCAAUGGCUCUGCUCUCUGACCUCACUUGUCUCACUUUCCUAAGACUGGUGAACUGUGAGAAUUUAACAGUGGAUGGAUUUAAUCCACUCAUCACGGUCAACCUUGAUACGUUGGUGGUCUGUAACAGAGAUAAGUGUCUUGGCCGCUCUGUAUCAGCGGAUCUUUUCUCGGAAUUGGCCGUAGCAAGGACCAACCUUUUCCGAUUGCGAACACUUGCAGUUGAUUGCAUCUCAGCGGUGCUUAUUGCUCCCAUCUGCGGCCUCCUCGCCACUACCCUCCGGAAUUUAAUAUUCAGGUAUGAUGAGCGGGCAGAAAGCUUCACGGGAGAGGAAGAUGGAGCUCUUCAGCUCCUCACCUCCCUCCGUUCCCUCGCAUUUGACGAUUGCCCAAAUCUGCCAUGCCUUCCUCAAGUGUUACACCUCCUUCCUUCACUUCGCUAUCUAGAGGUCGAACGUUGUCCUCAAAUCCGGUCUCUGCCCAAGGGGAGCUUCCCCACUUCGCUAAGGGUAACCAUAAUGGGUUGUUGCAGUCGCGAGCUAAAUGAGCAACUCCAGAAAUUAAUGGGAACAAACCCAGAUCUUGAUGUGCGCAUUUACGUAACUGGUCUCAGAUCCUAGAUCGAGCUACGUUGUGUGCAUUGCUUGUUUGGAUUAUCUCAGAAGUUUUAGAUGAUAUAAGAGUGCUUUGAAUGUAUAUGGGCACAUAUUUUUUCAAGCUCUUCGUUUCGUAGUACCACCAAGUGCCAACUGCAUCUUGUGCAGACUGUGCAGUUUGCAUACAUGGUGAAGUUUGACUUGCAUCCUUCAGAGCUCCAGUCAAAAUUUGACAAAAGAAGCAUAUGCCGUAGGUUCAAUUACAGUUCUGCAUCGACCGUCCAUCACGAAGUGACCAGGUUAUUUGUUCAUAAGUCCACUCUCAAAGUCUCAAGCUUCAGAGUUUCAGUUCAGAUUUAGCAGGUUCGCCUGUUGGCUGUUGACCAACGGAAACCAAUUGCAUCCAACAGUGGAUUUACAAGUUGGCAUUAAUUCAGAGCUCGGUUGUUCCAUCCAAACAACGAUGGUAAAAACAGAAGCAUCUGUCCGGAUGUCUCGAUGGAGAGCUGAGCGAUUGUGCAUAAUCUACCAUUUAAAAGCAUCACGGUGCUGCUGUGUGUUAACCUUCAGAGUUUCAGCUGUAAGAAUGGAGCCAACUGUAUCCACGAUGAUGAAUUCCUUGACCUCGUUCAUCAUUUUCUGGCUCUUAGAUUCGUUCAACGGUGAAUUCAGAAGUCGGUAUUCAGAAGCUAAUUUGGUUGUUACAUCCAAACAGCAAAAGUAACCUGGACCCUGUAGGGAAAGGCUGCGUACUAUAAACCCAAAGUGGUCGGACCCUUCCCUGGACCCUGCGCAAGCGGGAGCUACAUGCACCAGGUUGCCCUUUUUUUAUCCAAACAGCAAAAGUAACCUGCGCACGUUCAUUCACCAUUUCAACGUUCUGGCAGCUCUUAUAUUACAUUUUGUGUAUUGUGGUACCGGUGUUUGAAAUGGAUUACUGCAAUUUGCUUGCAUUGCAUGGUCAAAUUUGAAGACAUGGCUGGGAUAGCGGAUGGAUUCACCAGGAGGUCUCAGAUCAUACAAGUCAUUUCAUUGGUUCCACGGAGUAUUGGCCGAUUCACUUGUAUGCAUGCGCAUUGCCUAACUUCCUAGUGACUGGGCUGCUUAUGUUUCAUGACAUAAUCAAUUUGGGUGCAAGAGCAAUUUCUCCUCUGUUCAGGUUAAUUACAGUACAUCUUGUGCAGACUUUGGAGAUCGCUUGAUGGUGAUGUUUCACUUACAUCCCUCAGAGUUUCAUUGCCAGUUCAGCAGAGGAAUCAGUUUGCAGCCAACAGUGAACUUACAAGUUGGCAUUCAGAAGUUAAUGACGCGCAGCUGCAGAGAACCCCUGUCUUGAUCUUGAUGCCUCGACGGAGAGCUGCGCAGUUCUGCGACGAUCGUUUCAAAGGUUUCCCCUCCUUUGGAUGAAGGCACACUCUUGGCUCCUCUGUUUUCUUCCCCAAGGGACCGCCUGAUCCUCCCUCCCUCCCCACCGCCGCCCCUUUCCAGCCUCCGCCACCGCCUCCUGCACUCCUGUGGCAUUGCUUCGCCACCAUCUCUUCUACCCUGUCUGCUAUCGCCAAACCUUGCUGCCGCCGCCAUGUCCUGAUCUGGCUUGCCGCCGCAACCGGUCAGCUGAGCUCCCCACCACCCCAUCUUCCUCCACCUCCUCUCUUAGCCCUUGUAAAUAAACACUAGUUAGGCUCUCAAGCGUGCAUCGUGUUGUGCAUGUAUACAAAACACACCUUUGAUCACCAACGCAAAUCAUGUUGGAUCUCUCGCUCUCUAAAAUAUGCCUCUUUACACUCCUUCCUUCCUUCCAACCUCCACUGCUCAUCUUGCCCGAUCGGUCGACGGGAUCAAGUAGCAUGGACAGAACUUGGCACACCAUAGAUGAUGAUGACGGACUCGGAAAAUCAUGCGCGCUUUUCUGUAGUGUUGACCAGUACAAGAAUUCUUCCCUAGUGUAAACUUACUUACUCCCUCCGUUCGGAAUUACUUGUCUCGGAAAUGGAUGUAUCUAGAACAAAAAUACAUCUAGAUACAUCCAUUUUCGCGACAAGUAAUUCGGAACGGAGGGAGUACAAGUCUGGGAUUUAAUGAUUGCGGUUCAGUUCCAGCUACCAAAAGCAAAGAAGCUAAGAAAGAGAAGGUUCAAGUGUUAUAACGAACUACUGCUUCAGAGUGGACAGCUAGCUAGCUGGUUGACUCGACGAACCUGGAGCAUCCUUUGCUCUUUAGAUAUGUACUGAUUAGUGUUAAGCAGCACAGUUUGAAUAAAUUGUCCAUUCUUCCA